AUGCGACUCUCUCGUUCGGUGGUCGGAUUCGUGUCCUGGCCCAGUCCGAGUCGACCGUCUCUCGUCGUGCACCACCUCGUUGUUCUCAACUCGAAGCGAGCAUUUGCUGCCCAGCCGUUCCAUAGCUCGUGUCAAGCAUGCAAGCCAUCAAGCUCCACUACGGCCGAGACGGAAGCUCUUGAAAAGGAUGAGUAUGGGAUAGACUCUUUGGCAUCGUCUUCCUCGUCGCCAAACGGCAAGAGGAGAGCUCCGUUGAGCCCGCUGACCCGACAUGGGCUCAUCAAUCCUCAACUCGGUCAGUUCAACUGCACAAUAUCUCUGGCUGAUAUGUGUAAAACCAGCUCAAAGGCCUGACGUCAACUCAUCUCAGGUGCCUCCACCGCCAAGCUGAAACGAACAACCCGAGCCAAGACCCCUGAAGCCUCGUCUGCAAAGUCUUCCCCUUCCUCAGCUCCGAACGACGACGGACUGAGAUCGACCUCGGACGAAUCGGACGUUCAGACCAUGACGAGGUUGGAAGAGUCGAUUCGGAUCGAUUUGGCCAAAUACCCCGAUGCGAUCCUGUUGACUCAGGUCGGGUCCUUCUUCGAGGUGAGCUUCAUAAGAUCGUAACCCCCACAUGGCCGCGAGAGACCAGAGCGUCGGAACUGAUUAUUUUAUUCCCGCUGUGCACAGAGCUACUUUGACCAAGCCCCCAUGGUCGCCAAACUGCUCAACAUCAAACUCACUUCCAAAGUCUUUGGUAAAAAAGGCAACAAGAUCCGUCACGCCUUUGCCGGGUUCCCUUUAGCCCAACUAUCAAAACACGCGACGACGUUGAUCGAAGCGGGGCACAAAGUCGUCGUUGUCGAAGAGACCAAGAUGAUUGGGGGUGGGGGGAGUGGGAUGUUUGAUGAGAGUGGGGCGACGACGGUCAGGAGGGUCACAAGGGUCAUUACUCCUGGGACGGGUAUUGAUGAGGCGUUCGUACAGGUGGACAACCUUGCUUAUGUGCUUGCGAUUGGCGUGCAUGGAGGUGGAGAUCAAACCAUUGGGAUGGCGUAUCGAGAUGUAUCGACAGGAUCUUCGUUCACUCGUACUUCGACCCUGCAGUCACUACGAGACGACCUGUUGCUCGUCCAACCCAAAGAAGUCGUCGUCGAUUCCGAGCUGUCCUCCACCCCAUUCGGACAAGCGAUCUUGGACAUCUUGCAAGGCGAACGACGCCGCGAGAACCUCAUGAUCUCAACCGUCUCGACCUCGUCGAUUCUUCAAGACCCCUCUCGCUCCAACUCGAGGCACGACCCCCGCGUCGAACUUGUCGCGGAAGAUGUGCUCCUCGCUUACCUCGCCGAAACGCUCGUUUCGUCCACUCCACCGCCCAUCGAAUCGACCUUUAUCGACCCGUCCCGCAUCGUGCAAAUGGACUCAACGACGUUGAAAUCUCUCGAAAUUCGUGAAUCGUUGAGAGGAGGAACGAAAGGUUCUCUUUUCGCAGCCGUCAAACGCACGUCAACACCUUCUGGAACGCGAUUGUUGCUCGAACGUUUAUGCGCACCUUCGACGGAGAAAGAGGUGAUUGAACAAAGGGCUGGAUUGGUCGACACGUUCGUUCGGUUAGGAUCUACGAGGAAGUACAGCAUGGUGUUGUUCAAAGGCUUUGAUGACUUGCCGAGGAUCCUUCAGAAAUUGUUCUUGGCCAAAAAAGGACCACAACAUUCGUUCGACUUGUUGGCGCUGAAGAAGAUUGUUGAAGGGGUUCAAAGCCUUCGAGCGAUCUUGGACGAUCAUCUAGAAGCCGGGGAGAUUGAGGAGAAGGAAGUCGUGGAGAGGGUUCUGCAGAGGUUGCAUCGCAAUGAUGGGCUGGCAGCCGCGAUUGAAUUGGCGAUCGAUGAGGAGGCGUUGCAUGAACGACAUGAGCAGACGCUGAGGAAGAAUGAGUUGAUUGAUAAUUAUGGCACGGGGGCGGUUGAGAAGAUCUUGCAGCAGGAACAGGAACAGCAGGCGCUCGAGGAAGGAGGGGAGGAAGGAGGGAGUCAGAGAGGAAUUAGGGAGGGGUUGUGGGGCAAGGAUGAACCCUGGGUCAUUCGACCUCAGUGCUCGCCGGCUUUGCAAAGGCUUCAUCAACGAUUGACCGAGCUACGUCAGGCCGCGGACCAACUCGAGACGCGCUUGAUUCGAGCCCAUCAACUCAACCCCACCAAAUUGACACUGCGUGUGCUUCCCAAGUACGGACCGAUCGUUCACGUCGUCACCUCCAAACCUACGACGAUCGACCUACCCGAAUCGGGUUUCGCGUCCGUCAUCAAAUCAGGCUCGACUAGGUCCUACGCCUAUUCGGAAUGGACCGCAAUUCACGUCAAGCUUUUGAAAGUCACAGCCGAGAUUCAAAAGUUGGAAUCCGAGACGAUCAAGGUCCUCGUUGCUAGGGUCGUGGAAAACUACAAAAGCUUGAAGGAGACCGCUGAUGCGAUUGCGGAAUUGGACGUCGCGAUGGGUUUUGCUGAGGUUGCGGAUGAGAUGAAGUGGGUUAGGCCGGGGAUCGAAGAAAGGUAAGUCUGGAUCAGCGAAGUUCGUGCGGCUCGAUCCGAUGUAAAAUGCUCAUUCUUUAUCGUGGGAUUUGCAGUACGAGGUUACAUAUCGUCGAUGGGAGACACCCGACGGUCGAACAAGCAUUGCAGGUACAGAAUCGAGGCUUUACGACCAACUCGGUGCGCUUUGAGCAUCCCGACGCUUUUAUCCAUGUCAUCACUGGCCCUGUGAGUACCCGUGCGAGUAUGAUUCCAAGUGAUGACCGCUCAACGAGUUUCGAUCUUGCAGAACAUGGCUGGCAAAUCGACCUACCUCCGUCAAAAUGCCUUGAUCGUUCUCCUCGCCCAAGUCGGAUCCUUUGUCCCCGCCGCCCCGAACACCACCAUCGGCCUCGUCGACCGCAUCUUCUCCCGCGUCGGAGCAAGGGACGAACUCGAUCGUGAUCGAUCGACCUUCAUGAUCGAAAUGGACGAAGCCUCCUCCAUCCUCCACACAGCCACGUCAAAAUCGUUGGUCCUGUUGGAUGAGCUGGGUCGAGGCACAAGUCCUUUGGACGGACUGGCGAUCGCUUAUGGCGCGUUGGAACAUCUGGUGCAUGUCAAUAGGUGUAGGACUUUGUUUGCGACGCAUUAUCAUAGACUGGGGGAAUUGAUGGGGUAUGAGGAGGGGAGGCAAGGGGUUGAUACCGGGGGAGUUUGGAAAGGGGUCGAGUUUUGGUGCACGAGGUUGGAGGAAACAGGGGUGAGUUUCUCAACGAGCGAGGAUCAUGAUGGAUCGAGGAGCUGAUGCGGUCUCUUUUGGAUGAAACAGAACUCGGUCACUUACCUCCACGACGUGCGAAAGGGGCUCAACGACGAUAGUGGUGGUUUAACCGUCGCUCGCUUGAGUGGAAUGCCCGAACGAGCGAUCCAGACCGCCAUGCGACUCAGGGACCGAUAUAGGAAGUGA